AGGGAAUCGGCCUGGCCGGCUCCCCGGAGUCCCACCGUGAAUGGUGAAGUCUAGCGCAGAAGCUGCUUAAGCCUCCAGGGUGUGGGACCCCGUGCUGGAGAGGCAGCCCCAUGAAGGAGCCCAGCCAUGCAGUGUUCCUGGAAGGCCGUCCUCCUCCUCGCGCUGGCCUCCAUCGCCAUCCAGUACACGGCCAUCCGCACCUUCACCGCCAAGUCCUUCCACACCUGCCCGGGCCUGGCCGAGGCCGGGGUGGCCGAGCGCCUGUGCGAGGAGGGCCCCACCUUCGCCUACAACCUGUCUCGCAAGACCCACAUCCUCAUCCUGGCCACCACGCGCAGCGGCUCGUCCUUCGUGGGCCAGCUCUUCAACCAGCACCUGGACGUCUUCUACCUGUUUGAGCCUCUCUACCACGUGCAGAACACGCUCAUUCCCCGCUUCACCCAGGGCAAGAGCCCGGCCGACCGGCGCGUCAUGCUGGGCGCCAGCCGCGACCUCCUGCGCAGCCUCUACGACUGCGACCUGUACUUCCUGGAGAACUACAUCAGGCCGCCCCCGGUUAACCACACCACCGACCGCAUCUUCCGCCGGGGGGCCAGCCGCGUGCUCUGCUCCCGCCCGGUGUGCGACGCCCGCGGCGCGGCCGACCGGGUGCUGGAGGAGGGCGAC